UUCAGACUUCAGAAGCUGAACUUAGGAGGGUGUGUCUGUGUCAUUGAAGUCGUAUUAAAUUAUACUCUUGACGGAUAAUUAAUAAAAAACAGAACAAAUAAUAAUAUUAUUUAUUAACUAAGUCCUAAUACUUUGGUGAAGAUUAUACUGUCGCCAAUUAUCGCUAUAAAUUCAACAUUUGGCGACUGUUUAAGCGUGAAUUGAUAUGAUUUUUUAAGUGAAUUCUUAUUAGUGUUCUCUUCAGAAAUGGAUAUAGACUCCAAAAAGAUAUGGUCAAUUACAGAUUUACCAGAUGAGCUAAUUGCUAUGGUGUUGCAUAAAAUCAAAUACAAUGAUGUUAUUGCGUUUGGAAUAACAUGCAAAAGGUUCUCUGAUGUGGUUUUUAAUAACCAACAUCUUUGGAAAACCAAGUGCUUAGAAGUGUUGCCUCAUCAAAUUAUAAAAUCAAUCUUAAAAUAUUCUAAUGGCAACUGGUUCAAUCAUUUAAAGGAAUUUAUUGAUUUGAAGAAUAACAUUAUAACGGAACUGCUUGCUUUAUCACCAAAAUUUUACUGUGAGGGGUUUUUUUUCUACAGGAGAAUGAAUCAAUUGACAAUGGAAGACUCUCUAAAAUUCUUUACAAUUGCCACUAAAGAUGAAUUGAGCUAUUAUUAUACAGUGCAUGUUUUGCAGCAAGUAAUAAAAAAUGCAAUCAAGAAUCUUAACCAAAAUAUAUGUGAAAAGCCGCAUACUUUAACAGAACAACACUAUGCAAAAGUUGUGCUCCGCUAUUUAAUGCAUACAUAUCUUGGUAUUAAGUGGGCUAGACUACAUAAAGCACAAUCAUUUAAUGGUCCACCAAUUUACCCAGAACUGGUACUUAAUUUUUGUGUUCAAUGGAUUGAUCCAGCCCAUUAUUACUCUGAUGAAAGGAUUGCUGAUGUGUUAAAUGAAGUUGUAGAGAAUGUUAAGGAUGUGAUUCAUCAUUGUAGAAAAAGUCCUCAAGUCGAGAAAAAAAAAAUCACAGAGCGUGAAAUACUAUCUGCUGUGUCACAAGUUUUAUAUGGCCAAAAGCGUAUUGCAAUAACAUCAGCAGCUGACCUGGAUACAUUAAAUAUUGUUAAGGUGUUGACUAAAAAGUGUGGACAUGCUGUUGCCAUGGCCGCUAUAUAUCAUGCAGUUGCAAGAAAAUGUGGGGUAAACAUUAAGUUGAUUGCAUUUCCAAAUCACCUGUUUCUGGAAUGGGUAGAUGACUUAAGUCCUAAUAAACUAUAUACAAUUAGCUUGGAUACUGGAGAGCUAAAAGCAAAACGGCGUUGUCCAUUUUCACAAGUCAAUGAACACACCAAUUAUUCCUACUGCUCUCACUCAUUUUUGAAGUACAUAUAUUCUAAUUAUUUAGGUACAAUGGGAGCAAUUCGAAACUGGAAUGUACAAAAUUGUCAACACUUAUUAAACUUUCUGGGUGCAAGCGACAGUUAUCAAAAUCCUUAUAAAAAUGUAUUUGCUUAUCUGAUUGAGAUUCCUGAAAUAAGUGCUCCAGACAGACCAUUGAAUAUUCUAUAUUUGGAAAAUUUCUACCGGGAAAUAAUUUUAUCUUUGACAUCAUUAAAUGCAGGGUGUAUCUCAGAGUCAGUAAAUCCAAGGGAAGGAAAUUUAAAAUCAAAGGAACACGACAAAAAUGUCCUUUAUGCUGUAGGAAUGAUUUGCUAUCAUAAAAAAUAUCAAUACACUUGUAUAAUCCGUGAUUGGGAUUUAAGUGGGGAUCGCUUGGAAAUCUCAGAUGAUAAUGUUAGCCGUAAACAGCCUUUCUACAGUGUAACAGCAGCUGAUCACUCAGAGAGAUAUGUGGCACAAGAGAAUCUUAUUAAUCUGCCACAACCAAGUCGUCUUUAUCAUUUAGAAGAUCAGAUUUCAAAAGAUUUUUGUCACUUUGAUGGAUUCGCAUAUGUGUUAAAUUAUGAAAAGAGGAUUCAGUAUCCAGAUGAAGCACUUAUCAUUGAAAUGUACCGUAAUCAUUCAUUUACUCGAGCUUAGUUUUUAUUGUAGCUUUAUAAAAAUAUGUACAUCUUAAAAUAAUGUUACUUGUGUAUUAUGUAACAGCUACCUUUCCCAUGUAUUAGGGAGUGGUUAAGUAUUACGUCACGCAUUUUUGGAGAUUAUUAACCCCCCCCCAUGUAACGCGCCUUAACGUUUUUCUGUACCCAAGUAUAGUAAAACGUUUCUUGACCACCUAGUGACUCUUUAUACC